AUGAAUAAAAAACACCAAAAAUCCAGUAGUGGUACAUAAAAUCGUGAUGGCAAGGCUUAAUGUAAGAAGCAGCAGCAAAAGGAGGGUUUUAGAUGGUGUUUUGAAGUUGAAGAGUGUGUUUGAAAAGCUUCAGAAGAGUCUUUUAUUGCGCAGAAAUAAAUCAAGUUCUUCCUAUUAUGGAGAUUAUGACACAACAGCGUGUGUGCUAGAAGGACAUUUUGCAGUGAUUGCUGAGCAUGAAAAGGAGACAAUAAAGAGAUUCUUGGUGCCAUUGAGCUACUUAAGAAACUCAACAUUCUUGGGUCUAUUGGAACAAGCAGCAGAAGAGUAUGGGUUUGAUCAACAUGGUGCACUAACGAUUCCUUGCAGGCCUAGUGAACUUGAGAGGUUAUUAUUGGCUCAGCAACGGAAAGGAAGAGAGAGAUUCUUCUGAAACUGCAUGCAACAAAACCAUGGCUGAAAACUACUGAUAUCUAUUGCCCGGACUAAAAGGAAAAAAAAAAAAAGCUGCUGAUAUAUAUCGAGCCUAUUACUAAAAAAAAAGAAGAUUUUAUUAGGAUGUGUUUAAUAUUUUCAUUGAAAGUUUAGUUCAGAGGAAGACACGUCCAUGCAAGAUUAGAAAAGAGUAUCAGCCUCAACGAGGAUUAAUUAAUAUAGAGUGAAAUCAAAUCCAACUCACAUCUGAGAUGAGUAGAAGACUCGAUCAAAUGUGUCAACCCUUUAGUAUUAGGAAAUGUUUAUUGGUAAGUUCUACCAUGCUAUGUGCAUUUCAGAAGGUGUACAAA